CGAUUAUUGUCUUUCUAAUCACAAAAUUCUUCAGAUUAUACAUACCUUGUCCAUGUUCCACCAGCCAAUAUAAUUGGUGCAAGUACUUUGUACCGAAAACAGAAGAAAAACCAAUUUCUUCCUGUGUGUCUGUUUCAGGGUUGUGCACCCUCACUAGGUAGCUUUUACCUAUUACAGUGUGACGAUACAUUGGACUGGUACAAGUGCCUAUAGUCUUCUUUCCUGUUUCCUUCCCCCUUCGGUUUUCUCUGUACAUUUGCAUAAUGGGAUCUGAGCCCCCGGAUCUGGACAGUGUCAAAGGUAACGGCAAUACCUCUCAGGCCUUAUCUGAACAUGAGCACCCCCAGCAAAGAAGGCAUCGCAGGUCCAUGACUGUCUCUAGUGGAGACAGAGUAGAAGAUAUCCAACGUGGCGACUCUGAGACGACAUCGAAAAAGGAAUCAUCGGAAGAGAUACUAGCAAGGGAUAUGCAACAUAAGACUCCCACCUACGAUUAUGCCUACGAAAAAUCAAUGAGCCACGCAGAAGCAAAGCUUUUCUACCGGCAUCACCAGCUAGCCUCGCAGAACGCUGACAGCGUGCCUUCACAAAGCCAGAUGCCUGCCACCUGUUCUGUGGGCCAUGAACAUCAUCGUGAGCAGAAAGAUGAUAUCCCAGACAAUGAUGCUGAGCCUUACCCAAACAGGCUCUCCUAUGAUGCAUCGACCACAGGCCUUACACCUUGCCUAAAUUCCGCAUCUACAAAUUUACACGAAUCGAUACCUGGUCUCUCCGGUUCCCGUGACAAUUUUCUUGCCACAGAUCUAUCGGCUAGAGAUCAAGCGGCUUAUCAUGCGGUCCCUCAUGAGCAAAGCCCUUAUCUGUCGGAUACAGGAGGUAUAGUGGGAGCCGGUACCGUAACUAAUGCUCCCCAGGGCCCUGGAAGUAUUGCAAGAAGUGAUGCGGCAAUCACAUCCGAGCUAGCUAUCAUUUAUCGCAAGAUACAGGGUCUCUUGGCGAGACGGUCACAGUACAUCCGACUUUCAUCGCAGGGACCAGGAGAUAAUCCAAGGGAUCAUCCUCAAUGGAAGAUUUACCCUCCACCUCCUGAGCCUGCUUGGGAUGAAGGCAAGGAAUACCUCACCGGCACGGCGAGCAGCCUUUCCUCCGAGCAGCGCAAGAAGAGAAAAAUGGGCCAGGAUAUCGGUGAAGACUUUGACAUAUCAGAAUGUAUGCCUCUUCCCGAAGACUCCAACUGGGUUUUCAAGCUAGACGGGAAUAGCAUCUAUCAAGUCUACGAAAAUGAGAAGGCUGCGGAGUUGCACGAGCCCAUCUUUCAAAUUCCGUCGCUGAGGGAUUUCUACAUGGAUCUUGACGCUGUUGUAGAAGUAUCUACCGAUGGGCCCGCCAAAAGCUAUGCCUUCAAACGCCUUUCUUACCUAGAGGGCAAGUUCCAGCUCUAUACCCUGCUCAAUGAAUACCAGGAGAUUGCGGACAGCAAAAAAGUUCCUCACAGGGACUUUUAUAACGUUCGGAAGGUUGACACUCAUGUUCAUCACUCAGCCUGUAUGAACCAAAAACAUCUACUCCGGUUCAUCAAGAGCAAAAUGAAGAAAUCGCCGGAUGAAGUUGUUCUAUUUAGAGACGGUAAGCAUCUGACACUAAGAGAGGUUUUUGAGAGUAUCAACUUGACUGCUUAUGACUUGAGCAUCGAUACGCUCGAUAUGCAUGCACACACGGAUUCCUUCCAUCGAUUUGACAAGUUUAACCUGAAGUAUAAUCCUGUUGGAGAGUCACGGUUGCGCGAGAUUUUUCUGAAGACAGACAAUUACAUCAAAGGACGCUACUUGGCUGAGAUAACAAAGGAAGUCAUUUCAGACCUGGAAUCCAGCAAAUACCAAAUGGCAGAAUGGCGCAUUUCGAUAUACGGAAGGUCAAUUCAAGAGUGGGACAAGCUUGCGGCUUGGGUUGUGGACAAUAAGCUGUUUUCCCCAAACAUCCGGUGGCUCAUCCAAAUACCUCGUCUCUACGACGUGUACAAGUCAAGUGGCAUGAUGGAAAAUUUUGAACAAGUGAUAACCAACGUAUUUAAGCCCUUAUUUGAGGUGACGAGGAGACCUUCUAGCCACCCAAAACUACACAUCUUUUUACAGCGCGUCGUUGGGUUCGACAGUGUCGAUGACGAAAGCAAGGCAGAGCGUCGAUUCUACAGAAAAUAUCCUGUUCCAAGAGAUUGGAAUACGAAACAAAACCCGCCUUAUAGUUAUUGGAUUUACUUCAUGUUUGCGAACAUAGCUUCGCUCAACCACUGGCGCAAAAAACGCGGCUUCAACACUUUCGUUCUAAGACCUCAUUGUGGAGAGGCUGGUGACCCUGACCACCUGGCAGUCGGUUUCCUUUGCUGCCACAGCAUCAGUCAUGGAAUUCUACUCCGAAAAGUCCCUCUACUACAAUAUUUAUACUAUCUUGACCAAAUUGGCAUUGCCAUGUCCCCACUGAGCAACAACGCCCUUUUCCUCACAUACGACAAGAACCCGUUCGCAAGUUUUUUCAAACGGGGGCUGAAUGUGUCUCUGUCAACGGAUGAUCCCCUUCAGUUUGCAUUUACCAAGGAGCCAUUAAUUGAAGAAUAUUCAGUGGCGGCGCAGAUAUAUAAAUUCAGCGCAGUGGAUAUGUGUGAGCUCGCUAAGCAUUCCGUCGACCAAAGUGGGUUUGAACUCUCUUUGAAGAGGAGAUGGUUGGGCGACAACUGUCAUCUCCCUGGAGUCGCUGGCAAUAGUGUUGCGAAAAGUAAUGUGCCGGACAUCCGUGAAGCAUUCAGAUAUGAGACGUUGCUGGGAGAGCUGUCCCUGAUUGAAAGAUACGCUCCUAAGCCCGAUUCUGCAACGAUCAGUUCGCCAGGUCAGCGGCAUAAAUUACCCCAGUCUCCUUCGUUAUCUGGGAAUUUAAAUUCGCCAAACCAAGGUAUGUGCCUGCUCUAGGGCAUGGUUGGGAAUGACAAUUGAGCUCAUUCCUAUUCUCUAGAAGGUGCGCCGCAGGUUCAGUCUUCACCAACUUCCCUUACUGGCACCGCACUGGGUUACAACACCCAGACCUCACCCAAUUCUUUGCUGUCUCAAUUGCAAUCCCCAGAACGAGGCUUCAUUUCUCCCAGUGAUGCUUUGAACAUCCAGAAUACCCAGCCAGCUUUCUUUGGAGCUACUCUGUCAAAUUCUAAUACACUGCCGCUCCAGACUGGUGGGGUCGAAUUUGGCACAUCUGUUAGCAGCAAUGGAUCUGUUGGGACCACUGGAGCUGGAACCGGUAUUUUACCGGAACAGAAAAUCUUCCCGGGAAUUGUCCAUGAGAGGGCUCGAAGGGGUAGUAUACUGGCUCAGUCAGCAUCUGAACAUGAUGAUGCAUGGCCAAAAAAUGAUGGCAAAGCUGGCUAUGCCAACACUCCAUUAUGAUAUGGACAGUGGAUAUAUGGGUUGGUAGAUAAUCAAUGGACGCCUACCAUCCUAAUAAACCCUAAUUCCACUUAUCCCCACGUCUAUGUAGGGUGUCACGAUGUGACCUCCGGGAGCAUUCAGAAGCUUAACCGCUGCACUAGCAAAAGACUAGGCUGUAGAGCCGGAGGCUCUACACUGCUCUCUCGUAUAUAUCAUGCUGGACAUGACAGAACAGCCACUGUAACAAUAAUAUCUUUCCAAAUAUCAAGGUGUUCAGUCAGGUGUCUAGCUGAAAAACUAGGCAGGGUAGUUGUAAGGCCGCAAAGCAGCAGCCUUAGGCCAAACAAGAUCAUGUGUACUUAUCACUUAGGGAGCUGAACUCCGCAACACCAUAGCGAAGUCAGCGAUUAGUUCUUAAGCAAUAAGGUCCCUACGUUUUCC